UAAAAACGAGUUUUUUUGGCAUACAUAAAAAAAAACAAGUCUCGUUUUGGAUUAAAAAUUUCAGGAACAGUUAUGAAUAAAUAACUAUAAUUAUUGAAUAAAAAUACAAUUUCAAGAAUCUAUUUAAUAUAAAACUGUAACAGAAUGUUAUGAAAGAAGUAAAAGUUUGAAAAGUAAACACCGAAAAUAUUUUUGCGGAGCAUAGUUGAUUUCGACAUAAAAAUUGAGUUUUCCUAGCAGGAAGCUAAAUGGAGGUGGAAGAAGUUGUGGUGAAAUGUGAGGUGAUCGAGAUCUCUGAUGAAGGAGAGGACAAUGAUGAUAUGGCAAAGAAGAAAAAACGCGUUAGAAAACGCCUGCCACCUAAGGAGCGAUCGAAAUGCGAACACUGUCCAAAGACCUUUGCAACAAAAUACGAACUCAAGAAACACAUACGAACACACACCGGCGAGCGUCCAUACAUGUGCACGAUAUGCGGCAAAACCUACACGCAAUUAGGCCACCUCAGCAUACACCAGCUAUCCCAUCAAGGGAUCAAAAACUUCAACUGCACCGAAUGUGGCUCGUCAUUUUACAGAAAAGCCGACUUAGAUCGACACGAAAAGAUACAUCUAGGCAUCAAACCACACGUCUGUGAGAUCUGUUCGAAAAGUUUCACGCAAAAGAACAAUUUGGUUAUGCACGUAAAAAUGCAUGUUGGGGACCGGGCCCAUUUGUGUACCGUUUGUAAUAAACGUUUUAUGACUAGGAGUAAGUUGGUGUUGCAUUCCAAGAGGCACGAGAAAUCGAAGAAGGUUAAAACUGAAAUUGAAAUGGAUAGGGAUAGUGAUUGAUCUAGGUUUUAAUAAGGCCCGGUUUUUAUAAAAGCCCGGUUUUAUAUAAGGCCCGGUUUUUAUAAAAGCCCGGUUUUUAUUAAGGCCCGCGGUUUUGAAGUUUUGAAGUAAUGUUAGUGCAGUUUAGCUUAGAGGUAUGAUUAAUGGACUGUUUAGUAGGUUCGAUUUUCAGCCCGAAUUAAUGUAUCUUUGAAUUCAUGUGUGUGUGUUACAAAGUCAUCAUCACUUGCUGAAAACGGUGAAGGAAAACAUCGUGAGGCGCGACACACCUGAGAAUGUUUCAAGUGUGUGUUGCGUCACGUCAGAGGACUAUUUGUGGUUCAAACACAAACGGUUGUCCAUUAAACAUACGAAGAGAAGAAUAUUGCAGUUGUGGAAGAGUGAGAAAGCACUACACGGCGUAGUGCUAUCUCUCUCCCACACCCGCGAUACUAUUACUUUAAGAGGAAAAUAUUAUCUGUAAAUAUAGUUAAUAGAUU